AUGAGCCAUAACAUGGUGGCGGGCUCUCUGCUGAGGCUGACACACAAGUCCAUCAGGGUCCCCCUCUUAAAAUUCACCGAAGCACGAUCAGGUGUGGAGUGCGAUGUCAGCAUUGGGAGCAGGCACACCAUCCUGAAAUCCCUCGUCCUGGGUCUCCUGGGCCAGAUGGAGUGGAGGUUCGGGGCUCUGGUGCGCCUCGUGAAGGCGUGGGCCAAGGCCCAUAGCCUGAAUGAUGCGUCUGCGGGCUCGUUGAACAGCCACGCCCUGACUCUGCUGGUCCUCUUUGUGCUGCAGACCCGCCCUGUCCCGCUGCUGCCUCCCUUGAAAGCCAUUUUCCCCGGGAAGGGUGACCGCGUAAACAAAGCGGCCCUGGCGCCAGCGGACCUGCUGAGCGCCAUGGACCUCCUGCGGGGGUGGAGGGACGCAGUCCCAGAAAAUACAGAGACCUUAUCGGAGCUGUUCCUGGCUUUCUUCCAGGUGACGGCUCCGCUCCUGAAGCUCUGGGCUACCGGCCUCGAGCAAGACCCCCUGGCAGAGUAG